GCGCUCCUUUCCCUCUCUUAUUAUUCCCCCCAACUAUAUUUUUUUAUUUCCAUUUUUAUUAUUGGUUUCGUUUCGCCAACUCAACGUUCAAAACUACCCCCACUCUUUCUACGAUUGCCGCGUGAUUUUGACGUUGAUUCACGCGUCAAUUCUCCAAAACGACAGGACCUUUUUGGAAAUUUGUGCUCCCUUCUUCUUUGAUAUAUCGUACAGAUUCUCUGCUACGUCCCAGUCCCGGAUCUCCCCUUCUUCUCCGUGUCGUCGUCGUCAUCGUCUUCUUCUUCAAACCAUAGCUCGCAUUUAUUUAUAAUUUCAUUCAUUCAGAUUUCGAUUUUUUUAAUUCUAUCUUUCCAUUAUCUUUGGAGCUACGAAUAUUUUACUCUAGAAUGCUUAUUGUUUAUAUUUAAUGACUUAAGACCUGAUGGUUUCGGCUUGAUUCUUCGAUCUCUCUCGUCGAUUCAUGGCGGCGGGGGCAAUGGCGACCGCCGCCGGAGCUGCGGUUCUGCUUUACUACGUGCUGAGCCGGAGACUGGGAGCGGGUAAGGUUGAGGGAGAUGAUCGCAGUGGAGAUCUAUCGAAGUCGACCAGAUCCUGUAGAAGGAGAAUCGCUCGCAGGCCAGCUCAGGCCCCGGCCACGCUGUUCGAGUCGAUCAACACGCUCUCGGAGACGCUGCGCUUUACGUAUUCUGAGACUUUGGGCAAAUGGCCAAUUGGGGACUUGGCUUUCGGGAUUAAAUAUUUCAUGAGUAGACAGGGUAACUUACAAGUUGCAAGUGUGUAUGCUGGUAGUGAUUCUAUUCAACUUAAAGGUCCGGAAAUUUUCGUGGAAUUGAAUAAAUUUCUAAGGUUGUUGACCCUUUGUAUGCUCUUCUCAAAGAAGCAGUUUCCGGUGUUUUUAGAGUCUGCCGGUUUCUCACAGGAAGAUGUCCUCCUUCACAAGCCCAAGGCAGGGCUUUUGAAGCCCGCUUUCACAAUUAUACGAGAUAAAGAUUCAAAAUGUUUCCUUCUGUUGAUUCGUGGUACUCAUAGCAUUAAAGAUACACUAACAGCAGCAACUGGUGCAGUGGUCCCCUUCCACCACUCGGUUUUACAUGAUGGUGGGAUAAGCAAUUUGGUUUUAGGAUAUGCCCAUUGUGGAAUGGUUGCUGCUGCUCGUUGGAUAGCAAAGCUUAGCACUCCUUUUCUGCUCAAAGCUCAUGAUGAAUAUCCCGACUACAAUGUUCAGAUUGUUGGCCAUUCACUUGGUGGUGGUACUGCUGCACUUUUGACAUAUAUUCUACGAGAGCAGAAAGAAUUCUCCUCAAGCACUUGUGUCACAUUUGCCCCAGCUGCCUGUAUGACAUGGGAAUUAGCAGAAUCAGGCAAACACUUUAUUACUACCGUCAUUAAUGGUUCUGACCUGGUUCCAACAUUCUCAACAGCUUCCCUUGAUGACCUUCGCUCUGAGGUCAGAGCAUCAUCCUGGUUAAAUGAUAUGCGGGAUCAGAUUGAGCGCACAAGGGUUCUAAAUGUUGUUUAUCGCUCUGCAACUGCUCUGGGAUCUCGUCUACCAUCUGUAGCUAGUACCAAAGCCAGGGUUGCUGGUGCAGGUGCACUUCUGAAGCCAGUAUCCAGCAGCACUCAGGUUGUGAUGAAGCGUGCUCAGAAUGUUGCUCAAGCUGUUGUCAGAACACGCUCAUCUCUAUCAUCAUGGUCUUGCAUGGGUGCACGUCGCCGUCAUGUGGGCCCAAUUAUGGGUUCUGAAGUAGAGGAUCUGCCUGAAGCAGCUCUGGUGUCUGAAAGAAAUUCAGACGCUACUGCAACUGAAGGGAUGACAAGUGACCUGCUUCAGAAUAAAGUGCAAUCUAGUUCUAGCAAUGAAUCAGGACAUGAUGAUACAGACGAAGAAGAGCUGCUACUUCCAAUAGAUAGAGUCACCAGUGCAUCCACCGUGGAAGACGUCACUGAAGGUGAGUUGUGGUAUGAACUGGAGAAAGAGCUUCAAAGGCAGGAGAAUGAAUCAGAUGUUAGAGCCCAGGAGGAAGAAGCGGCUGCAGCUAAAGAAAUCACUGAAGAGGAAAAUAUGCUGGCUGAUGCAGUGGAAGGCGAUAAGCCAAUCUCGGUGUCGGAUGUAUCAGAGAGUAUCCGCUUUUGUCCCCCUGGCAGAAUCAUGCAUAUCGUUUCCGUGCCUGCAUCUGUUACUCCUAAUAUGGAGCAUGGUGUGCACACUGAGGAACACGUUGGUAUAUACGAGACACCGAGAGAACUGUAUAGUAAGCUACGACUUUCAAAAACGAUGAUAAAUGAUCAUUAUAUGCCUAUGUAUAAGAAGAUGAUGGAAAUGUUAAUCAGGGAACUGGAAAAUGAAGCAGAUUGUAGUUGUGAAAUGUGAAAUGUAUAAAUUAAUAGUCAAGAGAUUACAUCUAUUGUAUACUCUCCAUCUUAUUUAUAUACAACUCUUUGAUGCUAUUGAGGAA